CCAGGCUAACAAGCUGUAGCACUUCCCUCCAGGGAACCACAGCCGCGGAGGUCAAGGCCUGGGUCAAAGACAGAAUCAACUUGACCAUGGCUGGGCUGGGGCUGCCCACCAUCUCCAAAGAAGGGCUGGGCGUGCUGCUCCUGAUACUCUCAGCAGGUGAGAUGCUCCUGAAAGCCCAAACAAUUGAUCGUGGUGCUAUCCAGCCUCCUAGAGAGAAUUCAUGCGGCAAGAAGCUCUGGCAACAUCCACGUUUCGUGGCCAAAAAGAGGGACAGACGCUUUGAAGUAACCUGCCACAUAAACUCUUCGGUCAAGGUGAUUUGGUUGCUGAAGCAGGAGUCAGAUGCCAACAUGCAGGUCCUACCACACGAUAGUGAACGGCUACAACAGUUGGUGAAUGACACCAUCGCCACUCUCAUCAUCCCAAAGAUACAAUUUGAGGACAAUGGCAUCUAUUACUGCGAACAAGUGUGUCAGAACAGUGGUAAUGCCUCCCGGGGCUGUGGCACUGAGCUCCGUGUCAUGGGGUACAGCACCGUGGCCCAGCUGAAGCGGAGGAACACCCUGAAAGAUGCCAUCAUUAUGAUCCAGACCUUACUCAUCAUUGUCUUCAUCACUGUCCCUAUUUUCUUGCUGUUAGAUAAGGAUGACAGCAAGGUGGCGCUAGAGGAUGACCACACCUAUGAGGGUCUGGAAAUUGACCAGACGGCCACCUAUGAGGACAUUGUGACACUUCGGACGGGAGAAGUAAAAUGGUCAGUGGGUGAGCAUCCGGGCCAGGAGUGAAGGGUUCCCCGACCUGGAGAUCCUUCCUAUGCUCCCCAUCCCUCCACCAACCUCCUGGAGGCAGCUCAGCCAGCAAAUCAGCUUCAUGGACCUGCUCUGGUUUCCAACCUGUUGCUCCUUUCUCCUCUGCCCAUAACUGUCCUGCCUCCAGGCUUACUGGUCCAGCUCCGCCUUCCUACCUCCAAUCCCUCGAGACUCACAACCAUCUCCAGAGGGAUGUAGGCCUGCCCAGGUUAGGGGAAGUUGUCUCUCUGAGGCUCUUUGAAAUUGGCCUUGUCCAGAAUGGCGGGGGGAUGGGGGGAGAAGGACGUAGAGUGGAGGGAGACUCAGACUUAGUGGGGAGAGGGGAAGUAAGACAAAAGAAAACAGAUUUGGAGUCUGGUGGAGAAAAAGGGGAAAGAACCUGUAAAUCUGACUCAGACUGACCUAUGAGACCAGGCCGUACUUGGAUCCCUACAGCAUCGCAAACAAGGAUCACAAUAGACUCUGAACACUUGCCCUGCCAAUUGACUCAAUCCAAAUUAGGGGUUAUGGAAAUACAUCCCCUUCUCCCAUCUCCCAGGAUCCUGUUGGGCCCUUCCUGGUCUCCUAUGCAUAGCCCCUAAUGUAAUAAACUGUGUGUUUUGAGAAAGUA